AUGCCAUCAAAAUGUCACAAUUGCACUGCCUUAUCUGCAAAGCUGGAGAAAAUGAAGGGGAGGAUGCUGUUUUUUAAGUCUCAAUUAAGUUAUGGUAAAUAUAAUCUGUCAAUGUUGCUGAAAGAAUGCAUUGUUGUGAUUGGAAUACUCUGAAUAAAUACAGUAUGUUUUCUACUCCUUUACUAGAUAGUGAUAAUUCAUCAUUAAGUUAUGAUAACAUUGGAGGUGUAAGCAAUAUCUCUGGUGAUAUUGAAAGUGAUGAUGAGGAUCUUGAUUGUGAUGAUGCAGAAAUUUUUACAUCAGAGCCAUCCGCACUCUCUCAGGUUGACGAAGAACCAUCAGUGGAAGAGUCCUCAACUGAUACAGAAUCGGAAGCUGGGGACAAUGCAGUUGGGGAAAGGUGUGUGUGGGCUAUUUUAUUUAGGUUUGAUAGCAUUAUUGUAGUAAAGAUGUACAAAAUUCCAAGUGUUUUGUUGAAACAAAUUGUGUGAUUUACUUUUAAUUGGACAGUACUUCUCACGUUCAUUAUAUUCAUUUAAUGUGCAAUGACCUUCUCUAAAUUUGAUGCACACUCAAUAGUCUAGCGGCUAAGGAAAGAGAAUGUGUGUUUAAUGAUAAAAGCAUGAAAUUUUCCACGAAUGUAGACCUAUUGAUACUUAAUGAUUUUAGAUAUAGAGGCAUUGCUGGAAAUGUCUGGGAAAGGAAUAAAUGGAUUUAA